CGUUUACAAGUGCACUUUUGACCUACUACAGGAGUUCUCUCUAUAAAAACAAGUAAAAAGGAACAACAUUGCAGGAAGGAAGGAAAGAGCUCCAGUCUCCCAAUUAAAAUACAAUUAGCUAAUUGCAGCAGCAUAGGCCCUAGCAUUCAGUUCAAGCCAAAGAAGAGAAGAAGAUACAGAGAAUAUUAGAAAAACAGCAACCAGGACCAGGGAUUAGCUGGUAGGAGACUAGCAAGAAAUAACAAGGUUCAAGAGAAGGAGGAAGGAUAAUGAGUCAUGAUUUCAGAUUAAAGUCGUUCUACAAGCCUGCUUACUGCAACUACUGUACAGACCUACUAUGGGGGAUCAUGAACCAAGGGUACCAAUGCACUGUGUGUAAUGCAAUUAGCCAUGAUCGUUGUCUAAUGGAGUCAAGGAAGAUGAGCUGCACUGUGAAAUCUGGCGGAUAUAGACCGUUGAAUUUCAUUUCAAAUAACAAGAUUAAAGAUCCACUCACGGCUGCCGUUAAAACUGGACACGAGUUUAAAGUCAAGUCCUACUACAAACCAACAUAUUGCCACCAGUGCUCAGAGCUUCUCUGGGGACUAAUGAACCAAGGUUACCAAUGCACUGUGUGUAAUUUCGUGUGUCAUGAGAGAUGCUUGUCUUCGUUAACUGUUGAUUGUACUCACUUACUGUCGGAGCAGAUAACAAAUCCUAUUGGUCACACUUGGAUCAGUCCUAAAUCAUCAGCUAAUAAGAGGAAAUGGUGUAAUGUUUGCAGAAAGAAAAUAACAGGAUCAGCAAUGUAUUGUAAAGUCUGUCGUAGAUAUGCUCAUAAAUAUUGUAUUGGCCAUGAACUGAAUAAUUGUAAAGAGUGUUCCUCUACCUGCACCACUAAAACUGAUUUUGAUCAUCAUUGGAUAGAGGGUAACCUUACAUCCCAUGCAAAAUGUGAAAUGUGUACUAAGCCGUGUUUUACUGAUCUGUGCUUAACUGGGUUUCGUUGUGGAUGGUGUGGAAUAACAUUACAUUCAUCUUGUUUCAAUGCUUUCAUAAAAAGUGAUAAAUGCAAAAGUUGUGAUUUUCGUGAUCUUUCUCACAUGAUCCUACCACCAUACUGUGUAUCAAUGCCAAUAAGUCAAAGGACUUUACAACAAGAUGAAACUCUUGAAGAUGUACAUGUAACUGAAUUAUUCAAUGCUGAGAUUUUCUAUACAGCGAUAUCAUCAACCAGCUUUCAUAUAACAGUUGUACCUACUAUUAAUGAAGAGAUGCUAGGUGAUGCACAAGAGCCCGUACUGGUAUUCAUUAAUGGACGGAGUGGAGGCAAUCAAGGGAUUGAACUUAUUAAUGGAUUCUCACGUCACCUUAAUCCACUUCAGGUCUAUGAUCUAUCAGCAGGAGGACCAUUACCAGGAUUGUAUUCAUUUCGUAAUGUGUCCAAGUAUCGUGUGUUGGUUGGAGGUGGGGAUGGUACAGUUGGUUGGGUAUUGAGUGGACUGGACUUCAUGAAAGACCAUUUAAAGUGUCCCGUACCACCUUGUGCUGUUCUACCAUUAGGAACUGGUAAUGAUUUGGCACGUGCUCUUAAAUGGGGAGGAGGGUACACAGGAGAGAAAGUAAUGCAACUAUUGUAUGCUAUUGAAGAUGCUGAUCGCCAACCAUUUGACAGAUGGAAUGUAAAGUUUAAAGAGGAUUUCCAGCUGAUAUCUGAGGCUGAAGGAGCUGUUGAAUGUAAAACCGUUACUAUGAACAAUUACCUUGGUAUUGGUCUUGAUGCUGAGAUAGCACUGGACUUUCAUCAAGCAAGAGAAGAUCACCCAGAGAAGUUCAACAGCAGACUCCAUAAUAAAGGAGUGUACUUACAAUUGGGAGUACAGAAAACAUUCUCAAGAGACACAAGUGCUGAAUUACAUCAAGUCAUGGCAUUAAAGGUUGAUGAUAAAUUUGUGAGCCUGCCCACUGGACUGAAAGGAAUAGUACUACUGAAUAUUGAAAGUUGGGGAGCAGGCUCUGAACCAUGGGGUAGUCACAUAGAAGAAGGUUUUGAGAAGAAUACCUAUAGUGACGGCAUGUUAGAAGUAAUGGGACUAUCAGGACCAAUGCAUUUGGGCCGGAUAAAAAGUUCACUUCAAAAUGGUAUCCGUAUAGCACAAGGAACCAAUAUUUCAAUCUCUUUCUCAUCAACUUUACCAGUACAAGUUGAUGGUGAGGCAUGGCAGCAGACUCCUUGUGAGAUUGAGGUCAAUCUUUUAGAGCAGAGAGCAAUAAUGCUUAGAAAAUCACCAAAUCAGCAAAGACCAUCCAGUCGAUAAACCCAUUAUUACCCAUAUUAAUACAUAGAAUAUAUAUAUAUAUAUAUAUACGAGUACAUGAAUUUAUUAUUAAUGCAAUGAUUAUAUAUUUUAUGUCUAUAAUAUUAUGUUUGUGUCAUAUAAAAUAUUUCAUGAAAAUUUAUAAUCAAAGUUAUACCAGUAGUAGCCCCUACAGGUCAAGUGCA